UGAAAGGUGUGGCAAGUUUACGAUAAGGAUUAUUUUUGGACAAUAAACAAAAGAUUUAUUGGCGUAUGCCAGUAAUUUAUAGUAAUUAACAACACUAAACAAUCAAUAUGUCUGUUAAUAAACAAGAUUAUCAUCGUGCAUCAAACGCGGUAGUAUUUGGUGGAGUAAUUACAUAUAUAGCAGGAUUAUUGUUGGUUAUGGCAUUUACUAGUCCAUAUUGGAUUGAAUCUUAUGAAGAGACUUUCAGUAAUUUUAAACAUAUGGGACUUUGGGAAUAUUGUUUUGAACAAUUCAGAUAUCCAUAUUAUCAAUUUGAUAAACAAUUUGAUGGUUGUCAUCAUAUAUUCUCAGAAGAAUAUUAUGUGAUCAGAGAAUGGUUAUUACCAGGAUGGUUAAUGAUCGUGCAAACAUUUGUCACGCUUGCUUUAUUAUUUUCAUUUUUUGCACAAGUUGUAAUUGCAUUAACUUUAGUUCGAUGGCCUUUGAAAUUUGUAUUGAAUUAUGAAUGGAUUCUUUCAGCUAGUGCUUUCUCAUGUUGUGCUAUCGCAGGUACCGUAUUAUUUUUAGCAGUAUCGAUAUUUGGUGGACAAUGUUGGCGCAGAGACUGGCUAAUGUAUCCAAAUUUUAACCAUUUGUCAUGGUCAUAUGGUUUAGCAGUUAUUUCAUUUAUGUUUCAUUGGUUAGCUGCAUUUUUUUUGUAUUUAGAUGCAAAGGCCGGAUAUAGAUUGCGCAAACAAUCUAGUAAUUUAGUAAUGCAAAUGCAGCCCAAUUUACAAAGUCAUCAAGGAUUGGCAAGAGGAGGAUAUAUAUAAUCUAUUGUCAUAACUGUUACAUUAAAAAAGAUUUAGUCACAGAACAAUUUUUAAUAAUAUCAAUAAUAAGUUGAUAUUUAUAGUUAUAUCUUUGUUAUGUGACAUUAUCUUAUACUUGAAAUCUGCCUAAUCUUAGCGAUUAAUUCCGUCCAUUUUUUAUAGUAUUUUUAUGAAUGUAUGUAUUGAAUAUGUAUAUAAAUUAAGAAAAUUUCAUAUAUUACAAUAGCUUAAUAAUCUUUACAAUUUAUUGAAAUUAAAAUAUUACAUCCUUGUAAUUAUUUUUUAUUAUAUAAUUUUAUACAGAAAAUAUGUUUAUAUUAUAAAAAUAUGUUUGAUAUAAUGUUCAUUAUAUCAAAUUUUAUCGUAUGUUUUGAAAUUAUAAUUAUACGGGAUUGAAAUAUUUUAAUAAACAGAUAUAUAGAGAAGAAA